AUGUUAAACGUCACACGAUUGCGGGGGAUUUGCAGUCGUUUGGUGUCGAAGAACACAUUCGAUUGGCCAUCAGAGGCGUGCUGCGUUCGUCAAAUGCAUGAUCGAAGCGGUGUGCCGAGGGUCGUAGACGACCACGAGGAAAAAAUGUACAAGACCGUCGAUGCUGGUUACUAUUAUCGCUAUCAUCGCAAAGGAAUCGAUCCACUACCGAGAAUUCCCAAUUGUCGUGUGCCUGUUGCACGACCCAAAUACAAAGGUAUACUCAAUUUUGAAGACUCUUUCAUGCUCUUCUCAUUCUCUAUGAAAUUUACACGGUAG